AUGCACACCGUCUUUCGAAUCGGUGAAGUUCGAAAAAUUGAUAAGAAAAGUCCACUUUAUGAAGUGGAUCUUAAACUUACGUCGGAUGAUGACCAACAACUUCGUCAAUUAACCGAUCGUAUACGAGAAGAAUCUUCAGGUGGCACUGGAUGGUAUCGACUGGGUUCUUUGCUACUCCAAAUAGGUCAAUUCAACAAGGCCGAAGAAUUGUACAUGACACUACUAGAACAGGCAUCCGACGACAGUGCUAGAGCACAUAUCUAUCACCAGCUUGGAUGGUUGAAAGAAGAUCAAGGACAAUACAAAGAAGCAGCUUCAUUUUACGAAAUGUCUCUCGAAAUUAAACGAAAAACUCUACCAAAAGAUCAUCCUUCAUUGGCUGCUACAUACAGCAACAUCGGUCUCGUGUAUAACGACAUGGGUGAUUACUCGAAAGCACUUGAAUUUUACGAAAAGGAUCUCGAAAUCAAGAAAAAAGCUCUGCCUCCGAAUCAUCCCGAUUUGGCUACUUCCUAUACUUGCAUCGGUCAAGUGUAUAACAACAUGGGUGACUACUCGAAAGCACUUGAAUUUUACGAAAAAGAUCUCGAAAUCACGAAAAAAGCUCUACCUCCGAAUCAUCCCGAUUUGGCUACUUCCUAUACUUGCAUCGGUCAAGUGUAUAACAACAUGGGUGACUACUCGAAAGCAGUUGAAUUUUAUGAAAAAUCACAUAAAAUCUACAAAAAUGUUCUGCCUCCGAAUCAUCCUCAUUUGGCUAUAUCCUACAACAACAUUGGUCAAGUGUAUAACAACAUGGGUGACUACUCGAAAGCAGUUGAAUUUUACGAAAAAUCACAUAAAAUAAGAGAAAAAGCUCUGCCUCCGAAUCAUCCUCAUUUGGCUAGUUCCUACAGCAGCAUUGGUGGAGUGUAUAACGACAUGGGUGAUUACUCGAAAGCACUUGAAUUUUACCAAAAAUCACAUCAAAUCUACGAAAAAGCUCUGCCUCCGAAUCAUCCCGAUUUGGCUAGUUCCUACAUUUGCAUCGGCCUCGUGUAUAACAACAUGGGUGACUACUCGAAAGCACUUGAAUUUUACGAAAAAGAACAUAAAAUAUACGAAAAAGCUCUGCCUCCGAAUCAUCCUUAUUUGGCUAGUUCCUACAGCAGCAUUGGUGGAGUGUAUAACGCCAUGGGUGACUACUCAAAAGCACUUGAAUUUUACGAAAAAUCACAUAAAAUAUACGAAAAAGCUCUGCCUCCGAAUCAUCCCGAUUUGGCUGGUAGUCACUUGAGUUUUGCAGCAUGUUACGAACGAAUGGGUAAUUACGCCGCAGCUCUUAAGGCUCUUCGAAGUGCUUUUCAAAUUAAACAACAAGCAUUUCAAGAAGGUAAUCCAGCUUUUGCUUCAACAUAUAGUUGGCUCGGAAGAGUUCAUCGCAGUAUGAAAGAUUACUCAAAGGCACUGGAUAAUUUUGAAAAGUGUCUCGCAAUAGCUCAAAAAACGCUACCUGAAAGACAUCCUAAUCAACCUAUUACUUAUAGUAAUAUAGGUGAUGUUCAUCGAUUAAUGGGUAAUUAUGAAAAGGCACUUGCAUUUCAUCAAAAAGCAUUAAAUAUUCAAGAAAAUGUUCAAUGUAAUCCUCUGGACUGUGCAACGACAUAUAUAAAUUUAGGUGAAACUUAUCGUGAAAUGAAAGAUUAUUCAACAGCAUUGACAUAUUUCGAAAAAGGAUUAGAAAUACGUGAGAAGAAAUUACCAAAAAAUCAUCCUGAUUUAGCUGUUAUAUAUCAUAAUAUGGCAAAAUUAUAUUUGGCUACACGAAAAUAUAGUAUGGCAAUGAAAAAUAUUCAACAAGCAGUUGAAAUAGCUCAAGAAAAAUUACCUUCAACUCAUCCUCAUCUUUUGGAAUAUAAUGAAACAUUUGAAAGAAUUCGAAAGAAAAUGUAA